AUGGAGAACUGGGAUUUGCAAGCUGUGGUGAGAGGAUGCAAUACUACAGCCAAUAUUGAUGAAGCCAUGGAGAACUCUCAAAUACCAUAUUGCUUUGCUCCGUUAAGCAUUGAAGAAGAAGAUGACUUUUUCCAUGCUUUGCCUCAGCUGUUUGAAGCCACAGCAGCUUUAGAUGAAUUGGAGGAGCUUUACAAGCCAUUCUAUCCAGUUUGCAACCCUCAACCCCACCAAUCAUUCUUCCCUCCUCCAUGUCUGUUCCCCAAGAGGCCAUCACUGAAGAAUCAGAGCAAAAGGGUGGUGAAAGAGGUGAGAGCAGAAGAGCUUUUUUCAGAUGUGUGGGCGUGGCGUAAAUAUGGGCAAAAACCCAUCAAGGGAUCGCCAUAUCCGAGGAGCUACUACAGGUGCAGCAGCUCAAAAGGAUGCUCAGCAAGGAAACAAGUGGAAAGGAGCUGUUCAAAUCCUGAAACCUUCAUCAUAACCUACACUGCAGAACACAACCAUGUCCAUCCAACUCGUCGAAACUCUCUUGCCGGAAGCACUAGAUCCAAGUUCCCAUCAUCUAAAAACAAAGACAAGUGUAAAAGUUCUUUGAAUUCUCCAGCUAAGACCAAUUUGGCUGCUUCCAUUGAAGAAGAUCACGAUGUGCAAAGCGCAAGUACUAAUGCUGUAAAAGAGGAGGCACAAUUGUUGUUGGAAGAGGAUGAAAUUAGUCAUGAAAAUGUCAUGUUGGAUGUGAUGUUGAGUGAUGAAAUGAUCCCAAGCUUAGAGAAUUUGGAUAGAGAGUUGGAACCAGUUAUGGAUGGUUGGUUUUUGGAUCAAUUUUCGGAUAAUUUUCCAAGUCCUUGGUUCAAUAUUGGUCACUCUAAUACUGUAACCGGUGCUUGCUGA